AUGACCAUAGACCACAUGGUCUCAAAAGAGACAAAGCAAAUCCUCUGGGAAAAUGGAAGGAAAGACAUUAAGAGACGCAGCAAAAUCCCAUCGACCGACCAAAUACUAGGAAACCUAGGCAUCAGCUUCAAAGAUGGAAGCAGCGGUUCUGUUAUCUACCACAACGGGGUAGGGAGCAUCAUGACGUUCAGCAGUGAGCAAGCGAUCUUGCAAAUACUUAGUAAAAGCGGCGAUGUCAAACAGAUGGUGCCCAUGAGACAGAAAGCGAAGGAGGUGUAA